AUGCCGACUCGCGCUUUUUGCCUUGGGCUGGCAUCUAGCGUCCUGGCAACAUGUGCUGGAACUUCUUGCUCGCUGCGGGAUGCCAGAUGUAGAGUCGAGGACGGUUCGGAGGACGUGGCCGCGCUCCAACUGCGCGAAGAUGGAGGAGGCCUUGGCAGCCGCAGGACGCAUCGGGACUUGGCCGUCGUCGACGACAGAGGGGAGAUGCUCUUGCAGUUCUCGUCCCGGUCCCGGAGCAUCCCUGCGCGUUACUUGGGUGCUGUGCCGAGCUUCGGGGAGAAGGGCAACUUCAUCACACUCCUUUUCAUCUACUCCCCCGCACUCUGGGCAGCUCCCGCCAUCUUCUGCAGCGGAGCCGGGAAGGCGCAUCGUGUGCAGGCGAAAAUCUUCGGAGGAGAGCUCGGCGAGGAGCACGGGAACACCAUCGUGUUCCAGUGCGACUGGCCAGAAGCAGAUGCAAAUCGGACGUCCUUCGAUGUGUUUCUGGAGGACGGCGAUGGCCACGAAUUGGGUCGCGUGACGGCCGCCCAAAAUCCCUCGCUGCUCCGUCAUUAUGGAACCGUGGGCUGCGUGCGCCCUCUUUGGAACGGAGAUAUCUCGGCUGUGGCCAUUGCCCCCCAAUGGCUCGAGUUUCACGCCUUGCAUGGUGUGGAACACUUCCUUGUGUACACCGCGUCUGAUAGUGACGAUGUGGUUCUCAAGAUGUACGAGCCCUUUAUCAAAGCCGGCCUGGUCACACGCGUGCACUUCAACACUGUCAACACCGACCUGCUGAAGGGUUCUAACACCUCUCACCCAGCCAUGCAACGACAUCAUGUCCAGACGUGGGCCAUGCACGACUGCCUCUAUCGCAUGAGGAGCCGCGCACAGUGGCUGCUGCCAUCGCUGGAUGUGGAUGAAUACAUCAGAUUAGGAGAUUCAACAGGAGCUUACUUGAGGACAGCCUGGGACAAGAUCGCAGCAGACCACGUUGGGAGCAAGUCUGGGAUGGUCCGCAGCAUUCGUCUAGACAGACUGAACUUCCCCAUCGAAGAGAAGCGAGAUGUUUCCAAGCUUCUGAUUGCCGCAGAGCAUCGUUAUGGGGAGACCUAUGUGCAGCCGAAGUAUGUCAUGCGCCCGGCCUUCAAUCAGGUUCUCUCCGUCCACUGCCAGAAGAGCUGGACCAAGGGAACGCAAGAGAUUCAGAUCUCUCCUUCCGAGGGCUUCGUGGCCCACUAUCGGGUGCACGCUCAGCGAGAGGAGAAUGGCCCUCACGGGCAGAAGCCCAAUGUCUCCGACACAACCCUCUUGGGUCAAGUGCCUUUGCUGCUCGCAGCGCUGGAUAAGCGCUAUGGUGGCAGGUGGCCCGCGCUGGCUGCGGAGUUCCAGACCGGAUCCUCAAUGCUAAUCGGCGACCUCUGA